CCAGUAGCGGCGGAGCAGCCCAGCGGCAGCCCCAGCAGCGGCCCAGACCCGGCUCGGCUCGGCCCGCCCGCGCAGCUAAGCCGGCCCGGGACGAUGGCGUUCCGGCGGCAGGAGCAGGCGCUGUCAGAGGAGCAGGGCGCCCUGGAGGCGGAGGAGCCGGCCGAGGAGGAGGAGGAGGAGGGGGGCGGCGGCGGCGGCGGCGGCCGGGCAGCGUCGGGGGCCCGCGAGAGGCGGCCGGGGCCGGCGGCGGUGUCCGACUUCACGCCCCCCGACGGCGGCUUCGGCUGGGUGGUGGUGCUGGCGGCCACCUGGUGCCACGGCUCCAUCUUCGGCAUCCACAACAACUUCGGGAUUCUCUACGUCCUGCUGCUGCGUGAGGUCGGCGACGCCGAGCAGGACCAAACGCUGGAGUUCCGCACAGCCUUGGUUGGAUCCAUCGGCAUGGGGAUGGUUUUCUUCUGCUCUCCCAUCGUCAGCAUCUUCACCGAUCGGAUCGGAUGCCGGACCACGGCUGCCUCGGGAGCCGCCAUCGCUUUCAUCGGCCUCCUCUCCAGUUCCUUCACCAAGUCCUUGGAGGUCCGCUACUUCACCUAUGGAAUCCUCUUUGGUUGUGGCAGCUCCUUCGCCUUCCACCCCACCCUGGUCAUUCUGGGCCACUAUUUCAAGCAACGCCUCGGUCUGGCCAACGGACUGGUGACCACUGGCAGCUGCCUCUUCUCCGUGGGCAUCUCGUUCCUCCUGAAAGUCAUGGGAAAAACCUUUGAGCUGGCUCGCGCUUUCCAGAUGCUGAGCGCCUUCCUGCUGGUCCAGAUCUUCUUGUCCCUGACUUUCCGCCCGAUGUUGCCCUCGGUCUCAAGUCCUCGAGAGAGGGAGAUCAAACUGGACACCCGGAGCUGGAUGCAGCAAUGCAUGGCACAGAUGCGGAAAUAUUUCAACUUGCGAGUCUUCAGGAGAAAGACGUACCGAGUGUGGGCCUUUGGCAUAGCUACAGCCAUCCUGGGAUACUUUGUCCCUUACCUGCACCUGGUGAAGUUCGUAGAAGAGAAAUUCAACGAAAAGGAAAAAUCCUGGAUUGUGCUCGCUUGCAUAGGAGCCAUGUCAGGAGUUGGGCGGCUGGUCUCCGGACCCAUCAGUGAUCUCAUCCCUGGGUUGAAGAAGAUCUAUUUGCAGGUUGCGUCCUUCAUCACCUUGGGUAUCAUGUGCAUGAUGUUGCUACAGUGCCAAGCAUUUUCAGGGGUGAUUGUUGUCUGCCUCUUCCUUGGACUCUGUGAAGGACUCUUCAUCACCAUUAUGGCCCCCAUUGCCUUUGAGCUGGUUGGGCCCAUGGAAGCUUCUCAAGCCAUUGGCUAUCUCUUAGGACUCAUGGCCAUUCCCAUGUCAGCUGGGCCACCAAUUGCAGGACUCCUUCAUGAUCAUUUUGGAAAUUACCAGCUUGCCUUCUACUUUGCUGGAGUUCCUCCAAUAAUUGGAGGUCUCAUUCUUGCGUGUGUUCCCUUCAUCCAUUGGUGUCAGCUCAAGAAGAAGCCACUGGAUUCGGGGAAAGACAAGAUGUUGGGGUCAGAGAUGGUCGCAAACGGAGAGCUCCUCCCAGGUUCUCCAGCCACAGACGGAGCUACGGUGUAAACUCUGGCUCGGUCGCCCAUCCUGUCACCAGCUGCAUUUUCUGACCCCAACCCCCAUCUCAGCCGAGAUCUUUCAAAAGAAGGACUUCACCUCUUGUGCGAUACCGGAAAACCACUCUGUUGGUCGGUCCUGAUCAAAUUCUUGGCUUUCGAGUUGAAUUUGAGUUUCCUUCGCCUCUUUCUUUCCUACCGAAUGUUCUCAUUGUCCCCACAUUUAUGUCCCAGGGCUGGAAAAGCUUUUGUUUUUUUUCCCCAGUUAGCACAUUAGUGGAUAAUGCAUAGAUGACUGUGAUAGCGUUUUAAUCGAUUGUGUUGGACCAC